AUGUUCAAAACUCUUGACGAUUUAAAAGGAAAGAAAGACGAUAAGAAAGAUAAUAAAAAAACUAAUUCAUAUGCAGGAGGUGAAAAAAGUGGACUUGCAGUUGAAAAUCCAGAUGACAUUAAUGGUAUUAUUGAAAAGGCUGAAAAAAAUACAACUUCAGAUGAAGGUAAAGGAGGUAAAAGCAGAAACGAUGAAGUGAAAUGCAAAAUUACUCUCUACCAAAAUGGUUUUUGUAUUGAUGAUGGAGAAUUCAGAGACUAUAAUGCCCCUGAAAAUAAGCAAUUUAUGAAAGAACUUAAUUAAUAGAUUGUCCCAAUGGAACUUAGAAAGAAGUAUCCCCAAGGAGGACUUUCAGUAAGUCUAGAGGAUAAAAGGUCUGAAGCAUAUAGACCACCAACUCCACCCAAAUAUGUAGCAUUUUCAGGAUAAGGUUAAUCUCUUGGCGGAGCAAGCACAUAAUCUCAAGCCUUAGAGGUUAACUUGAAGAACGGAGAAAUUAUAGUUGAUGAAACUAAGCCCGUCACCAAUAUUUAAAUUAGAUUGCAUAAUGGUAAAACAGUUAAGAUCAAAAUUAACACUUCUAGCAAAGUGAGCGUUCUUUAUGACUAUGUUACUUAAAUCGCUCCUGUUGAUGGAAGUUUUGAAUUAAUUAGCGGUUUCCCUCCUAGACCUCUCACCUAAUUUAACCAAACUAUUUAAGAAGCUGAUUUGUUAGAUUCAAGAGUUACUUAAAAAAUAGUUCAUUGA